CAAAGAUUUGGUUACCUUAAAACUGCAACCUGUUUUUGAGGAGAAACUCGUCCUGAAGAAACGCCGUACAUCGGUAAAACUUCAAACCUAUUGGGCCCAUAAGGGUUUGUUGUUAUUGCUUUACUAGGAUAAGCUACACAGAAGACGGAUCAUCUGGUCAGUUGUGGACCCUGUUGCCUCGAUGAGUCACACCUAGUUUGUGUCGAGUGGACGUUAAACCCCAUUUCUCUCUCUCUCUCUCGAUGAGUCAGAUGACUUCAACAUGUAUGAUGAAUCAAGUGGUACAAACUCAUCUAUUAAUAUCCAAGAUAGAUGUAAACAGUAUUAUACAAACCUGUGACAGUCUGGUCAUAAAUCAUAAUACAACCAUCAAACAACUUAUCUCCCUUUUCUCUAAAAUAUCUGGUUAUGAUUCUUACUGUGAACAGAUUGUGUUGUUAUGUAACCAGAUCUUGUCUAAGACAGUAUCAAGUAGCAACACUGUAGUAAAGGUGUGUAAAUCGUUAAAACCUAUAGAUUUGACAGCCGGUAAUGGCGAAGGUCCUGGAAGUUCAACAGCUGUCAAACCUAGUAACCAGAUUGCCAAGAAUACAAUUUCAAAGACAUGUGAAGUCACUAGUUUAUACCAAAAUAAUGUUUUACCUUCUAUUUUAAAACAACAUAUAGCAAGAAGACAGCCCCUAAAAAGAAGUAAACACAGUCUACUAAAAUCACCCAUAGCAAUGAAUAAUCCUGAUUUACCAACAGUAACAAGAAACCCUAUGUUACCCAUGGCAACAAGUAAAUCUGGAUUAUCCAUAGUAUCAAGUAAUCUAAAAUUUCAACCGCCAAGCAGUCAAGGUAAAUUACAAAUUGCAACCAGUCUACUAAAAUCACCCAUAGCAAAAGACAAAACUGAUCUGUUGAUAACAAAUAAUAAAUCUCAAAUAAACAUAGCUCCAAAUGAGCGUAAAUUACCUGAUUUUCCCAAUUCAGCCGAUAAUCCUAAUUGCACCCUAGUAACCAGGACACCUGAAUUAUCUGUAGGAGGAAGUAUAUCUGAAUUCCCCAUAGUAACCAACAGGCCAGAGUUAGUGACAGCAAAGACGAAAUUACCCAUACAUGUGAAAACAUCAACACAAAUGAAACCUGAACCAACACUAAAACAUGCGGCUAAAAUAGAAACCUUUCAAGCUGUUGAUGACCUUAACCUGAGUGCUUUGGAAGGUGAAGGUCAGGUUUUAGUAAUCAUUGAGGGAGAUGAGACAUUGGAAUUUAAUGAGGUUACAAAUCUAUACAAUGAUCUAACCAUACCAAUGAGUAAACCCAACAAAUCCAUAGCAACAAGUAAAUCUAGAUUAUAUAUAAGAGAUAAACCCAAUGUAAAUCUGGUAACAAGGAAACCACAGUUAUUUAUAUCAACAAGUAAAUCUGAAUUCAAUGAAACGGAUAAGCCCGAGUUGCCCAUAGCAACUGAUCCUGAGUUAUUCAUAUCAACAAGUAAAUCUGAAUUCCCCACAGUAACCAAUAUGACCGAGUUACCCAUAGCAACAAGUAAACAUGAUUUACCUACAGCAACAUCACCAAACCAAAACAACACUAAAUCAUCAACAAUUGUUCCACCAAUACUAAAAAAGUCAACUGAAAAUGAAAAAACUGCAGCCAUCAAUAAUAUACUACAAAACAAUGCCGUCAAUGCCGAUGUACUUCAUUCAUUACAAACAAGCAAACAAAAUAAGAAAUUCACCAAAAGGUGUUAUCGAUUUCAAUGUUCCUUGUGUCCAAAAUCAUUUGACCGCAACUCAUCUCUGAUACGACAUACAAACUUUCAUGCCUGUAGAGAGGGUAGAUUGACAUAUAUUUGUGAAAUUUGUGGGAAAAUAUUGAAAAAACGUGACCGUUUGAGAGAACAUAAACAUAUUCAUCUAGGUCACAAGCCUGUUGCCUGUCGAUACUGUGACUAUAGGUGUGUUAGUAAACGUUAUUUAGCUAUUCACAUGGUAAAACAUAGUGGAGAGAAAAAACAGCAGUGUGCGCAAUGUGGUAAAUGUUUUACACACUUGCGCACAUUGAGGUUUCAUGAAUUGAUUCACAAUGUCCCUGAAUAAAACUUUCUUUGUGUCAUAUGGUUGCUUUGUGCAAAAAUAUCAAGUGCAUUGCCAUAAGAAGCAAAAAUAAGAAAACACAAUUCGACACCAUAGAUAUGAUUUACUUGUGAAAUUUGUGGUAGAAAAUAUAAACAUAAUAAGUCGCAACCAAAACAUAGUAAAACUAUGAUGGUGGAGAAAGGAAAAUUAUACAAUUCAGGCCUGGAGUUCACGAAGCAUUCUCAGACUUAAGUUAAGAAUUUACUCAAAAUUGUUCACUUUAUUUUAACUAAAAUAUAGCCCUUAUAAAACUCUUGUUGUUUUAAUGUAUCUGGGAAGGGGGGGGGGGGGUAGAUGCCCUAAUGGUUAGCAUGUGCACAUUGUAUCACAAGGUCUGUCAUUGAGGCAAAUGGUGUGGUUUCGAUUCCCCGGUUGUAUGUGACAAGGAGUAGGGUCGUUUUCUCUAGUUUCCUCCCAGUGCUAAAGACCCCACGCGCUGGAUGCUCUAGAUUACGCUCUCGAGGCUAAAGUUAAUAUUCGAUUGACUUUAAAUUUAUACACAGUGUUUAAUGUCAUGAGACGAAGAAGCCUAUUGAUUUUCAGCGAUUUCCGAUAAUUACUGCCAGAAUUAUGGCCCUUGAUCACUUUGAAAAAUCUUGUAGGCUAAAGUUAAUAUCCGAUUGACUUUAAAUUUAUACAGUGUUUAAGGUCAUGAGACGAAGAAGUCUAUUCAUUUUCAGCGACUUUUGAUAAUUACUGCCAGAGUUAUGGCCCUUGAUCACUUCAAAAAAUCUUGUGGAUGCUCUAGAGGCCAAAGUCAAUAUUCGAUUGACUUUAAAUUUAUACACAGUGUUUACGGUCAUAAGACGAAGAAGCCUAUUGAUUUUCAGCAAAUUCUGAUAAUUACUGCCAGAGUAAUGGCCCUUGAUUCUUAAAAAAAUCUUGUGGAUGCUCUAGAGGCUAAAGUUAAUAUUUGAUUGACUUUAAAUUUAUACACAGUGUUUGAGGUUAUGAGACAAAGAAUCCUAUGGAUUUUCAACUAUUUCCGAUAAUUACUGCCCAAGUUAUGGCCCUUGAUCACUUUGAAAAAUCUUGUGACGCUCUAGAGGCUAAAGUUAUCAUCCGAUUGACGUGGAUUGAUAAUUACUUCAUGAGUUGUUACUCUUAAUCAGAUUUUAGUGUAUUAUAAAUGUUUCAUUACCAAAAAAAGUAAAAAUAUGUGACAACACUUGUUGACUGCCCGGACGAUUUAGAUCCCAACACAACAGUAUGUUUGGUUGCUUGGCAACCUAUCUUUUUGUGUUUCUGGAUCAAAAAUAUUUUUAAUAAACAGGGAUUGAAAGUUGAGUAAAUUCUUAACUUAAGUCUGGGAAUGCUUUGUGAACUCGGGGCCUGAUGACGAUGUUGGGUGAAGAUUUAUAGGCAUUUAAUGAAUAAAGUGUUUGAGUUUAA